UAUGUUUCUCUGCAUGGAUUAAGGAGGUGAUCGGAAUAAGAAAUCGGCCCAAGGAGACCAACAAUUGAGACGAGAGAGCAGACUGCAGACCACAGUUGAACCAUGUCAAGCUAUCUGGAAGACGACAGGCUCGUGUUAAUUAGGUAGCUGAGGAUAAAACCGGCUCAUCUGGAGAGAGGCGGUGCAUUCUGGAGCGAGAUGGCUAACGGAAAGGUUCUGCUGCUCCUGCAUGGACUUCUCCUGGCGGCGGGGAUUCGGCCCACUCUGCAAGGAGGGGUGUACGUACCGCCUGGCGCUGGGAUAGGCACGGGACCAUUCUAUCCAGGGUCAACUGGAGGAGUGCCUGCCGGCUAUAAACCAGCCAAAGCAGCGGGUUAUGGAGGUGGAGGGCAAGGAGGCGUUCCCGGAGGUCUGGUCCCUGGAGGCUUUGGUCCUGGAGGACUCGGAACAGGACAAGGCGGGAAAGGCCCUAAACCAGGUUAUGGCAAUCUUGGAGCUGGCGGUCUUGGAGCGGGUGGUUAUGGGACCGGAGUCCUAGGUGGUGCAGGCGGUUAUGGAGGAUACGGUGCAGGCCCAGGUGGGAUCUUCCCAGGUGCUGGACAGAAGGCUGGUAAACGAGGUGCUGGAGGCCAAUUGCUACCAUUUGGAGGAGCAGGGACCGGAACUCUCCCUGGCGGAGGACCUGGUCAGACGGGUGUUCCAGGAGGGACUGGUCCUGGAUUCGGAAAGCAAGCCUCCAAACUACCAGGUGUGGGUGUACCUGGGCUUUACCAAGGUGGACUGGUCCCAGAAAAUGGCUUUGGUAGUCGAGGAGUUCUACCAGGCGUGGCCACUGGCACCGGCCUCACUCAAAAAUCACUUGGAGGCGCUGGACCGGGUGGUGCAGGAACAGGCUACAAUGGACAAAUGCAGCCCGGAGUGUUCCAUGGAUACCCUCUCAAAUCGCCCAAAACACAAGGUGGCUACGGAGCAAAACCCGGAGGUGGUAAACUUCCCUUUGGUACGAAUGGUUCAUUUAUGUACAAAUCUUCAGCGUUCUUACAUCAAUGACGAUGUCGUCUUGCAACGUUUCAGGCUACGGGGGCUUUGGCAAUCAAGGGGCUGGGCUCC